AUGAUUCAUUCCUCUCCACCCUUUACGCGCUCUCAAUUAGAUGAUACUGCGAGCUCGGAAAGUAGAGAGGAGUCAUUACCUCCUCCACCCGUGUUGGUUAAGGAACCUGCUCAUUAUCAUACAGCGAUGACGCCUGUUGGAACUAAUCAGGAUGAUCAUCCUUCGGCGAUGAGUGGACGUCAUCCACAGGGACUAAAGUAUGAUAUGAGCUCGGACAUGACCAUAUAUCAACAGGUGCCAAGAUCAUCCUUCAAAACUCAACAACAAGGGAUAAAUAUGAUGAAUAAUAGUCCCUCUCAUUAUUCUAGAAAUAGUUACUACACCCUCCUCGGAGGAGGAGUUAAUGCAUCCAACUCUCAAAAUUGUAUAAACACUGAACCUUUGUCAAAGCAACCAACAUCAAACGUUAAUACUUCAGUUCGAGGACUGCACCUUAAUUCGAGUAAUGUUGUAUUGAAUAAGAAGGAAGAUAUUCUUGACGCCCAAAAAACUUCAAUUCUUGAAAAACCUUAUAUUGGAGCACAUUCAACGCUAUUUCCUUCUCCUUCAAAACAUAAUCACAAGUUGGAUCCACCUAUAGAGCUACAUAAUCCAUCCAAUUCAUCAUUUUUAAACUCCUCUCCUUCAAAGCAAUAUUCAUUACUUUCAUCCUCUGGACCUGUAAGUCCAAUCGCAAAAGAUUCAAGAUUGUCUGCCAGUAAUCAAAAUUUUGUAGUGACAAAGGCUGGAACAAGUUCACAUGGAUUUUCUCACAAUGCCUAUAAUUCCGCUUUCAGCCCAACAAAAAGAACCUUCCAUAAAACCACCUUAAGUAGCAUUUCCACACCAUCUAGUUCUUAUUUAAGGUCUGCAGCAGAAAAAGGAACUCCUUUGUGCCCUAUCCACGAAUUACCUGUGGACAUUUUAUGCACAGAUUGCUCGGAACUGAUUUGCGCCAAAUGUUCCAGAACGCCACUCCACAACAUUCAUUCAUGUAAGUCCAUCGAUGAAUUGGAUAGAGAAAAAGAAUGCAGAGACGUCCGUGCAAGUGUUGAGGUGCUUGACUCAAGAAUUAAUGAUUUGGAAAUUAAAUCUGGCUCGUCACACGAUAUUGAAGUGAUUCAUCAACUUCAUUCAGAUGCAGUUGAUGAAAUAAGGAAAUCUUUUGAGCGAGCACGAGAAUUUCUGUUUGAACAGGAGCAGGAUCUAAUUUCAUCGCUCAAUUUAAUCAUUCAGUCGAGGAUCCAACUCAACACUGAUAUUAUGGCGACAAAGCAAAAGAUCAUUCAAGCCUCUGCCAAGUUGUAUCCAAACGAUGAAAUGACGAAUUAUGACAUUGCUCAAAACAAGUACCAGCUAAUCAAUUCCAUUAAGGACAAGGUCGAGUUUUUGGAAAUUAAAUUGAAAUUCAACGGUUCAUGCCUUGACCAAGAUGUCCAAGAAAUUAAGGAAAAAGGACAAAAAUUAAUGUCUCACAUGGACGACCUUUCGAAACAUUAUGAUUUACCAUCAUACUCUUUCUAUCCCUUCCUUGCUAAGGUUGGAGGAAAGCAAUCUUCAAUGGAGUAA